AUGAUGAACAAAUGUGAACAGGUCAUAAAACAAAAUGAAAUGGAAAUAGCAAAUAGGGAAAAGAAGAAUUUAGCAUUAUUAAAUUAUGCCAUUGAUGUUUUGGUUUUAUUAUGUUGGUCGAAUAAAACGAUAAGAAAACGAUGUAUGAAACAUUCAACUAUAAUCGAUUCUUUAAUACAGAUAUCGGAUAAAAUCCUAGCUUUACCAUCAAUAGCGUCAACGUCACUCUCUGCUAAACAGGAUGAUGAUACAGCGGAUGAAGAUUCUUACGAAGAAGAUUACGAUAGUUUUUAUUCACCCAUUUUGCUUGUGAAACAGAAUUCAUCAACAAAAGUAAUCGAAUCGGCAAUGAAACUUCUCUAUCGGCUAGUAUUAACUGAAGAUUUAAUUGAAGAGAUAAAACAGAAAAACCUAUCACCCAUUACUUUUAAAUAUAUAACGACAAACGAAUAUAGUAAAACGAUAAGAGCUUAUGCCUACAAUAUAUUGGCAGUUGUUAUGACCGAACAAAAUGCUAAAGAUCUACAAAUCCAGCAGUAUUCCAAAACCAUAUUGUUUUUUUAUUCGCUCAUUCAAUACUCCACAAAAAAUUUGGGUUGA